AUGCUUCUUCUGAAUUUGUCGCCUCCAAAGUUAUGCAACGGAACCCAGCUAAAAGUAGUGCAGCUGCAGCGAAACCUCAUUGAGGUGCAGAUCCUGACGGGGUGCGGCGCUGCAGAAGUCGUGAUCAUCCCGCGCAUCCCCCUCAUCCUGAGCAAUUUCCCGUUCCACUUCAAGCGCCUACAGUUCUCCGUGAGCGUCUGCUUCGCCAUGAACAUCAACAAGUCGCAGAGGCAGACGCUGCGCGCCGCUAGCGUGGACCUGUGCACGGGCAGCUCUACGUGGCCACAAUUCCAUGCAGUGAACUCAAACAUCAUUUGGGCCACCCCUAGAAUAUUAGGAUUGGCACCCACUGGCCCUCCGCUGACCGUGACCGUGAAACUUAAACUGCUGUGA